AUGCCUGUGGCUAUCAUACUAUACAGUGAAUCUUGGGAUCGCGCAGGAGUGUCACUACCAUGCCAAGAAUUGGCAGCUGAAGGAAUUGUGGUUGUGACCGUUUCUUAUCGACUACAUCUUCUGGGAUUUUUUACUUUGCGGUCAUUGAUGGCUAGAGGAAAUCUCGCUUUACUUGACCAGUAUUUAGCUUUUUUAUGGGUACGCGAUAAUAUAGCAGCAUUUGGAGGAGAUCCGUCAACAAUUGUACUUAUUGGACAUUCGGCUGGAGCUGACAGCAUCUUGCAUCACAUUGUGUCGCCGCGUGCAGCUGGCCUAUUUCAAAGAGCAAUACUGAUGUCACCACGCGAUAUUUGGAAGGCGGUAGAUGAAAACAAAACUGUUAAUUCUACUGAAGUCGAAGAACUUUCACGUAAAGUGGCCCAAAGUCUUGGAUGCUCCAGCAAUAUAGAUCAAGAAAUAUUGCACUGUAUGCGGGAGAGGCCAUUGGCCAAUAUUGUUUCUUUAUAUUCGAAUGCAAAUUGGAGCAAGAUCUUACAGUUAAUACCGGAUGAUUUUCUGCCAACUUCUGAACAAUAUUUACCGGUAUCAUUAGCAGCCGCAUUAUCGGCGUCUAAUCAGCCGACGUUACAACUUGACGUUCUUUUUGGAACAACUGAUUUGGAAGAUGUCAACCAUAAUGACCAAAAUGACGCUUUACCAAUGUUAGCGCAUGCCGUUCGUUGGGAAUUUUGGGGUACCAAAGGAAGAAAAGACAUCGAAAGGGGCACUUUUGAGACUGUUGAAGGUUUAGCUAGAAUGGAAUCUUCAGCUAAAUGGGGCGUAGGCAGUGCCUUGUUAGCGGCUAGACUAGCUCGAAAGAUAUCACGGCUCUAUGUUUAUCGCUACUUACAACCAGGCAACGUUGAUCUCCGUGGAAAUCAUUUGAAUUUCACGGGUGCAGUACAUGGUGUUGAUUUAAUAGCGUUAUUAGGAGACGCUUUGAUGCUUCAAGUGGCUCGCCAACCAAGUGAUCAAGACCAAAAAAGAAUAACUUCAUUAUUUCGUCAAUAUAUUAUCAAUUUCAUUAAAUUUGGAUCACCUGUGCCAGAAAAUAACUGGAAGAGAUACAAGUUUGGGGAUGCCUAUGUACACGGAAUACAUAACGAUGAAAAUAAUAUUAACACAAACAACGUGAACAAAGAUGCUACGUUUUGGCUUCAAUACUUGCAACAGCUCAAUAGCUAUUUUUCUACAUCAAUACACACUGAACAACUGACAUCGCAAAAGGGUAAAUUAUAACUUACCUAGUUUUAGUGGUUUAGACGUUACGCCACAAAUCUAUACAAAUCUCGCAACAUCCACUUUAUACGUGUUCGCCUCUCGUAGGAGUAUCCUCAGUACAAGUUAUUUAGAUCUUACAGAGCCAACCACCGAGUUAGCUUAGUGAGGUCUAACAACUUCAGAGGAGGAGAGAUUUGUUGUUGUUUGUACAUGUAAAAAUGUUUGUAUUUUAGUAUAAAAUUGGUUUUAAAAGUGGUAAUUUCGUAAAACAUCACCUUAACUUCAAUAAACACAUUAAUCCCUCAGUUCUAUGGAUAGCGAUACAUUACGCUUACCUUCAACCUAAAUGAUGUGUAAGGAGCUAUGUUUAUAGUUUCACCUCGUGUACUACUCGAUCAAUAA